CUCACAGUGACAGCUGACACUAGAAAGGGCAAGUCGUGCAGAGAAUGGGUCUCGGCAACAUGAGCAGCUGCCUGCCUCUUCUGGUUAUCUUGUGCUGUGGUUUGCUCCGAGGCAUUCUGUCCCAAGUUCACAUGUGUCAACCAGGUUAUCGAUUUGAUCCAUCACGAAACAAAUGUUUGGAUAUCAAUGAAUGUGAAACGACUCCAUGUGGACUUCGCAAAAAGUGUUGGAACAUAAUUGGUUCUUACAGGUGUCAAUGCAAGGAUGGGUACAAUACAAUCAAUCAGGACUGUGAAGAUAUCGACGAAUGUAAUUCCUCUCCGUGUGCCCGUGAAGCAACUUGUCAGAACACAGAUGGUUCAUUCCAGUGCAUCUGCAGCACCGGUUUUCAGUCGACUGAGAAGGCUGGCUCCAAUGGAAGGAGGAGCUGUGAAGAUAUCGAUGAGUGUGAAUCCUCUCCGUGUCACCAUCAUGCAUCUUGUCACAACACAAUGGGUUCCUACCAGUGCAACUGUGUUGCAGGGUUUAAGGCAUCUAAUGCGACUGCCAGCCUCACUGCAGGGAAGGUUUGUGAAGAUAUCGAUGAAUGCAAGUCCUCACCUUGUCACGAACAUGCAACUUGUAUCAACGUAGUGGGAUCCUACCAGUGCAACUGCAAUGCAGGGUUUCAGGCAUUACCUGCGACCGCCAACCUCACAGCAGGGAAAGUUUGUGAAGUUAUCUUCCGAGACAUUCUGUCCCAAGAACACAAGUGUCAACCAGGUUAUCGAUUUGAUCCAUCACAAAACAAAUGUGUGGAUAUCAAUGAAUGUGAAAUGAUUUCAUGUGGACCUCGCAAAAAGUGUUGGAACACAAUUGGCUAUUUCAAGUGUCAAUGCAAGGAUGGGUACAAUACAAUCAAUCAGGACUGUGAAGAUAUCGACGAAUGUAAUUCCUCUCCGUGUGCCCGUGAAGCAACUUGUCAGAACACAGAUGGUUCAUUCCAGUGCAUCUGCAGCACCGGUUUUCAGUCGACUGAGAAGGCUGGCUCCAAUGGAAGGAGGAGCUGUGAAGUUAUCUUCCGAGACAUUCUGUCCCAAGAACACAAGUGUCAACCAGGCCAUCGAUUUGAUCCAUCACUAAACAAAUGUUUUGAUAUCAAUGAAUGUGAAACGAUUUCAUGUGGACCUCGCAAAAAAUGUUGGAACUCAAUUGGUUCUUACAAGUGUCAAUGCAAGGAUGGGUACAAUACAAUCAAUCAGGACUGUGAAGAUAUCGACGAAUGUAAUUCCUCUCCGUGUGCCCGUGAAGCAACUUGUCAGAACACAGAUGGUUCAUUCCAGUGCAUCUGCAGCACCGGUUUUCAGUCGACUGAGAAGGCUGGCUCCAAUGGAAGGAGGAGCUGUGAAGAUAUCGAUGAAUGCAAGUCCUCACCUUGUCACGAACAUGCAACUUGUAUCAACGUAGUGGGAUCCUACCAGUGCAACUGCAACACAGGGUUUCAGGCAGUACCUGCGACCGCCAACCUCACGGCAGGGAAAGUUUGUGAAGGCUUAUAAAGUAAUACAAUCAGAGGCAUUCAAGACCCAAUGACAAGAUUCUUCUCAGCGGAGUUUCUCUCUUUCAUUCUCUUUUGCUCUCGCUGUGCGUCUGGCUCUGAAGAUUGUAUGUUUAAGACCCACUGCCAAGAAUGGAAAGCUACUUUGCGGGAGUGGUCUCACCAGCAGAAUUAUUUGGCUUGUACUGAGCUUGUAAAAAGGCAGAAUCUAACUGGAAUUCUAGAAGUGUGUGUGUGUGCGAAAGUGAGUCUGUAUAAGAAUAUGUCUGAGAUUUGGUGUCAUGAUGAGUGUGAUUAUGAAUAAAUGUCAGGAGUUUUGCUACAUUUCCAAGUUUUGCACAUGUAUCCUGUUAAUUUGGCUGUUGUUCUUCAUGAGAUAUAUGACUGUGGUGCCAACAUUGUUGAAAUAUUACCUGAAGACAAUGUGAGAUCCCAGAUUUGAACUUGACCUUCACCUGACAUGUUGCAUCUGUACGGUUUAGACAUAAAGAUCAGGUACACGAUGUACAGCAGACUCUAACAGAUACAGAACCCAUGUAGGAGAUUGAUACAGAACCUGGAUAUGUGCACAGUUCAUGUUCACACGCAGACACUCACUACACAGAACUAAAGCACAUGUAGAGCAGAAACAUACACACAAAUGCACAUGUACACACACACGCGUAUUAAUUGCAAAUGCACACACGCAUAACAGACCUGAAACACGUGUAGCAGAGACAGACAGACAGACACACACUCACACAAAUACGUGCUUGCACAGACGCAUACCACACAGGCAUAUGCACGUGUACAGGCACACAUUCACACACACACACACAUACACCACUUCAAGUGCUGAUUUUAGCCUGUGAUUGGGCAGCUAAGCAACACUUAACCAUCACACCUGCUCCUCUUCUGCCUUUACAGAUGAAGACUGACUGCCAGCCUUGCUUUCUGCAUCCAUUUUAAAACCAUCUGUAUAAUACAUAUGAUAUGUUUUAAUUGGAAUAAAGCUCUUUAUUUACUAAUUUGUGCAUGUUUGAUAGUCACUGUACUGUUGAU